CCCUGGCUGAGAAAGCUCUCAACUUCUUGGAGUUCAUAAUUACUGAUCAAAUUUACACGAAGUAUCUGGUUAAACACAAGCGGGUUUGUUUGUCCAGGAAUGGGAGCUAACAACAGCACGCGUCGCGUUUCUUUUGAGUCGGAUGAGAAUGAGAACGUAACGAUAGUGAAGGGCAUAAGGCUCUCGGAGAAGGUCAUCAACCGCAUGAGGGAACCUUCAGACCCACCACGGCCCCCCACCACAACCCCUCCUGCUUCUCCUCCCGUGGUUGAUCCUCUGCCAGCACUGGUGCCAAUAUCUCCUCCACCUGUCACUUCCCUUCCACCUCCUUCCUUGCCAGAGCGAGUGACCACUCCUGCACCUCCUCCUCCACCUCCAGCAGAGCCUCCUCCUGUAGCGACAGCACCAUCUGAAUCAGUGGGUGCUGUAUCAGCCCCUGCAGGUGAGUCCAUUGCUCCACCUGCUGCCGCAGCUGAGCUCACAACAGCAUCUCCACCCUUGGAAAUAAUUGCCUCACCUCCUUCUUCGAAACCCAGCACUUCUCCCCUUGCUGAUUCUGUUGCCUCCCCUCUUGCUUUUGAGCUUUUCACACCUCCACCUCCCCCGGUAGAAUCCAUUUCUACCCAUCCUAUCACUAAAACCGCUUCUGAAUCCAUCUCUGCUCCACCUAUAGAAAUAACCACCCCCUCCCCUCCAGCUGAACUUGUCGCUCCUGUCGCUUCCGCUGCUGAAACAAUCCCACACCCUCGUCUGUCUAUAGAAAAACCUGUGGCUUCUUCACCACCACCACCUCCUACCGCGGAUGAAUCUGAACUGAGAAGAAAGAUCGCUGAAGAGCUGCAGAAAGGCCUGGAUGAAGAGAGGAGAAAGUCACGAGAGGAACUCAACCGAUGGCUGGAAAAGGAAAAGUCCCAGGCUCAUGUCCAGGCCCAGGCAGAAGCUCAAGCCCAGGUUAAGGAUGAGGUGAGCAGGAUCCUUGCUUUAGAGAAAGAGAAGAGCGUCCAGAAAGCCAUACUGAGAGAAAGAGUCACCGCCGAGGAUGAAAAACUGCAAGUUCAGAUAUAUCAGAUGGAAAGAAAGGCUAGACAGUUGGAGGAGAGAGACAAAGAGCUCCGGAAGCAGGACGCUUUCUACAGAGAGCAAGUGGCCAAGCUGAAGGAAAGGAGUGCCCAAUUCUACAAGGUGACCAAUGAAAACUAUCACAAGGCAGCAGAAGAGGUCAACGCCAAGUUCAAGCGGUAUGACAUUAGUCCAGUGUGCACCGACCUUCAGGGGCAGAUUCUGAAGUGCUACAGAGAAAAUGGCGGGAAAUCUCUGCUGUGCUCCAACAUCGCCUCUCAAUACAUGCAGUGUGUCAACAAAGCUAAACAGGACAAGUUGAGGACUUGAGGUUAAGUCUCUGAGCAGGAAGAGAGGAAGACCUGUUUGUAUCUGUGAUCUCACCGUUUAUCGACUGUUGCUAAAGGAAAGACGUCACCCGGAGACGCACCUGAGCAGACCUGAAUCAGAAUCUGCAGUGAAAUGAGAGCUAGACACCUUUGAACCUUCCUUUUUUACCUAUACCUACACUUUUACCUUCCUCCCUCGUCCCUGUUAUUUCUCCUUUUUCCAGUAAAGGGAAAUUAGUAUCCAUUUAUGAAAUGGACAGAAUCAGUAAGCAGAGGUGAUCGUACAGUAGGUGGAACUCAAACGUUCUGAGCACCUGAACCAGAAAAUGCUAUUUGUUUUGGUUCACAAAGGAUAGCACACAGCAAAGAGAACCAAAUUAGACACCAAAUAUUGGCUAAUCUAGAACCAACCACAGAAUCCCAGAAAUCUGAGAUGGUUCUAGGUUUGCUGGGACUGGUUAUGUAGCGUCAUUAAUCCAGCCAUCAUACCUGUGAUCCACCCUGCUAACCCACCACAAUCCAUCAUCAUCCACUGUUCAUUGUGUUUUUGUGUGUGAUGUUCAUUGCUGUUUAUUUUGUCUUGUUAACACCGAAAGGUCAGGGCUGAUCCCCGAUCUGCUUUAAAGAAUAAACUAUUCAAAC